AUGUCUUUCCCACAGCGCAAGAUCGGAGAUGACCUCGUGUCAGCCAUGGGGCUUGGCUGUAUGGGCAUGAGCUACAGCUACACCUCAUUCGGCGGGAUGGACGACGAAGAGUCGUUGCGGGUGCUUACGCGGGCUGCCGACAUGGGAUUGAACAUGUGGGACACGGCCGACAUCUACGGCAAUGGAAAGAAUGAGGAGCUGCUCGGACGCUGGUUCAAGGAGACCGGCCGCCGCAAGGAAAUCUUCUUGUGCACCAAGUUUGGGCACGUGGUGAAGGAUGGUGUGCUAGAGGUGAAAGGAGACAAGGAGCAUGUCCUCAAGUCAUGCGAGGCGAGCUUGCAGCGGCUUGGAGUCGACUACAUCGACCUGUAUUAUCAGCAUCGUGUGGAUGAUAAGGUGCCCAUCGAGGAGACGGUGGCAGCCAUGAGUGAGCUGAAGAAGGCUGGAAAGAUCCGCUACCUUGGUCUGUCGGAGUGUUCCUCCAAGUCGCUGCGCCGCGCACACAAGGUGCAUCCUAUCACGGCUGUGCAGAUGGAGUUCUCGCCUUUCGCGCUCGAGAUCGAGAGCGAUCAGACCGGCUUUUUGAAGACUGCCCGGGAGCUUGGUGUCAAGGUUGUAGCGUAUUCGCCUCUGGGGCGCGGUUUUCUGACAGGCUCCAUUCGCAGCCGAGCGGAUCUGGAUCCCACGGAUAACCGGCUGAAUCACCCACGAUUCUCGGAGGAAAACUUCCCCGCCAACCUGAAGCUUACUGACACGCUGGCCACGAUGGCGAAAGAAAAGGGCGUGACAGCAGGACAGCUGGUUAUCGCGUGGGUGCUGGCUCAGGGUGAAGACUUUUUCCCAAUCCCGGGUACGAAGCGAGUGAAGUACUUGGAGGAGAACGCCAAGGCUGCUACGAUCCAGCUUUCAAAAGAAGAAGAGCAGGCAAUCCGAGCAGCGGUUGAGAGUGUAGGUGGGAGCAAGGGAGCUCGUUAUCCCGCAGCCAUGAUGGCGAAGUUGUUUGGUGACUCUCCGGAGUUGCCAGCUUAG